UUUUCCCCAUGUUGGCUCGAGCCAUGGAUCCUGUGGAGGAGGCAGUGCUAGUGAGUAAGACCCCUCCCGUCCCGGACACACCUAGGGUACAUGCAAAAUGCCACAACCGUCCACAUACCAGUCCACAUGUCCUAUCAUCAGGAGCAUCGAAUCCGUCUACCUCCGGCCUUCAGACGCAGGACAGCAUGAAAAAACAUGACGAAGAAGUCAACACAGGAAGAGAUAAGGACAAUAAGGAGGGAUGUGUGUCCGACUGGCUGUCAGGCGGACCCCUCGGCUCCAAAGGUGUGGUACUCGUGUUCCGAUCAUGUGUCCUGGCCUCCCGAACUCCCUCCAUGGAAUCCACCACCAAAUCCAUAGGACAAAACACAGGCACCGCUAUCUUAUUAAACAAAGCCAAAAACAUGGCGAGACGACUAGUCCCCGAGCCCCAUCCGUUCAAACCCAACAACAUCAUGCACGACGUCAUGGAGACGUUCGGCAAUAGUAAUAAAUUCGUCGGGCAGGCUUACGUAGUCCGACAUGUCAGUGAGUCAGAAGUGCCAGAGACAAUAUUAAUAGAAGAGCAGGGACACGAAAGCAGGGACCCGAUGGAACAUAAGAGGGAUAUAGAGGACGUGUUGAACGACCUGAGUAAGAUCACACUGAAGAAACAUCUGAACAUCGAGAACACAACAGCGAACAUCAAACCACCCGAAGAUCCCCCACCUCCCGCCGUCGAAGAGAAAAAAAACAAGAAGAACAAAGGAAAAAACAAGAGAAAAACAAAUAUAAAUAAGAAAAUUUCCGUAACAAAUCUUCAGACUGGCAGUCCAAUGGAUAGCGACGACUCUGAACAACUAGUCAAAGAGGUUGACAGCGUCAAGGUCCUCGAGAGCAACUGCAUGCCCGCCCGACUGCUCAAAAUCACUUACAAACUAGUCAACACUGAAACCAAAUUGCUCCACCGAUUACUGCAAGCCCAUGGUCUAGUAGAGGCCGUGCCCGACGCCAGAGAUUUCAACAUCUUGUGGUCCGGUUUACACCCUAAACCAGAUGUACUAAGAUCUCUAUCGCCUUAUCAACGGGUCAACCAUUUUCCGAGAUCAUACGAGCUCACACGCAAAGACAAGCUAUUCAAGAACAUAGAGAAAAUGCAAUACUUCCGCGGCCUGAAGCACUUUGACUUCAUACCCACUACGUUUCUGAUGCCUGGAGAAUUUAAAGAAUUAUGCACGGCGCAUUAUAGGACCAAAGGACCGUGGAUAGUGAAACCUGCUGCUUCUAGUAGAGGACGGGGGAUUUAUAUAGUUAAUACUCCUGAACAAAUCCCAAAAGGCGAAAACGUAGUGGUCGCCAAAUACAUAGACAAACCACUUUUAAUCGGCGGACACAAAUGCGACCUGCGCCUGUACGUGUGCGUGACGUCCAUAGACCCACUACUUAUAUACUUGUAUGAGGAAGGAUUGGUGCGAUUCGCGACUGUGAAGUAUGAUAAGACGAACAAGAACCUUUGGAACCCGUGCAUGCAUUUAUGCAAUUAUAGCAUUAAUAAAUAUCAUACGGAUUAUAUUAAAUGCGACGACCCAAACGCUGGCAACAUCGGCCACAAAUGGACGUUAUCCGCACUACUGCGCCAUCUACGAAAGCAGGGUCGCAACACAACCGCCCUUAUGGCUUCCAUUGAAGAUUUGGUAGUCAAGUCCGUUCUGUCUUCGGCACAGACCAUCACGGCCGCUGCGAGGGUGUUCGUGCCGAACUUCUUCAACUGUUUCGAGUUGUUCGGAUACGACAUCCUCGUCGACGAUAUGCUGAAGCCGUGGCUUCUUGAGAUCAACUUAUCACCCAGCUUAGCGUGUGAGAGUCCUCUAGACGCGCGCGUCAAAUCAGCUCUCCUAGCUGACACGCUCACUCUAGUAGGGCUCCCGGCCGUGUCCAUGGGGAAAACGGAGGCUGCGCCACAGAACUCGCUCAAGAUGAGGAUCGGAGCGUGUCGGCGCGUUCAUUCCGCCGAGAACGUAUGCGCGGGUCGGACGAACAACAAAUCCAGCGGACAAACCGAACCGGCGGCCUUGACCAGCGAAGAAUUACGUCUAGUGCGAGCAGUGAGGGCGCAGUACGCCAGGCGGGGGGGCUUCGUGCGCAUCUUCCCCAGCCAGAACAGCUGGCAAAAGUACGCGCAGUAUCUCGACCCAGUAUCCGGCAUCCCAGUGUGCUCCACGUCCCUCAACAACAACGUGCCGUACAACGUGGUGCCGCACAACUACAACCUGCUGGUGCACGCGCACGUGCUGCCGCACUUCGCGCACGCCACCGCCGCCACCAGCACCAGCCUCGCGCCGCAGCCCAUGCCCACUCCGAACAGAUUAAAACGCUACGAGACGGUAACCAUAACCAGUACAGCGCCGGCCAUCAACUUGUCCGAGCACACGCCCGCACCCGCUCCCAACGACUCGCGACACGCCAAGACGCUCGUCAAGAAACAGCUCGCCGACGGGAUGAGGCUCACGAUGGGAGAGGUCCGUCGCGCCUUCGGGCUGUACCUGACGCACAUCCUCAAGCGCAUCUCGUGCGCGUCCAGCGAGCUCGGCGCGGCGCACGCGGCGCUCGUGCUGCGCUUCCUCAAGCGCGCCUCCAACACGCUCCGGAUGCCUUACAAUGGCCCCUCAGUGAAGAUGUGCGACAAGGAUCGCUGCGCUGUCGUCGCCAAGCAGCUGAACGAUUUCCUCUACAUGUACUAUCGGGAGACAGACCUAUAUACUGAUAGUGAAGACAGGGAGAACUGUGUGUCUAACAUUAACUUUGCACAGUUCCUCUAUUCUGCCAGCGAAGCGGACUUAGAAGACGUGCUUCUCCUCCAACUGAAGAUGGAGCACUACGUGACCCUGUUCCUGGGUGACACCCGCGCGCCGUACUGCGUGGACCUCCCCCCCUCCAAGCUCGGCGCCCCCCCCACCGGCCGCCACACGCUGCUCAAGUACCUCGCGUGUCUCGCGCCCAUCAACACUAGGAGAUACAGACCACCCUCAGACUCCUCCAGCAAAACCGAGGCCGAAGACUCCAUGAACUCCUCGCUGCCUUCCUUCACCGACUCCGACGUGGUCAUCAAGGAGUCCAUGAAGCAGGAAAAACCGCUGCCCCAAGCCUUGAAGUACGCGCGGUCGUAGCACACGACCUUGAGGAACUUCACGCUACCACGCAUUAAAUCUUAAGGUUAGAACCUAUCACGCUACAACGCAUCAAUUCGUGAGGAGAUACCUACUGUGAUAUCUGUGGUCGAAGACUCCAUGAACUCACUGCCUUCCUUUACGGACACAGACGUGAUCAUCAAAGAUACCAUGAAACAGAAGCCGCUGCCUCUAGCCUUGAAGUAUGCGGUCACAGCACAGGACCUUGAGGAACUUCACGCUACCACGCAUUAAAUCUUAAGGGGAGAACCUAUCACGCUACAAUGCAUCAAGUCGCGAAGAGAUACCUACUGUGAUAUCUGUGGUCGAAGACUCCAUGAACUCACUGCUUUCCUUCAUGGACUCCGACGUAGUCAUUAAAGAAUUCAUUAAACCUUGAAGUACGCGGUCAUAGCACAGGACUUUGAAGAACCUUACGCUACCCCGCAUGAAAUUUUAAGGUUAGAUUACCUAUCACGCUACCACGCUAUUAAGUGAGGUAAGACUACCUACUGUGAUAUGUGUGUUUUGGCGUGACUACUUACGACGAUGGUAGACGUUUUUGGCGUUCAAAGGGAAAUAAUCACUUGUAUAACUAAUUCUAAGAUAUAGACCAAAACCAUUUUAAGGAGGGGAGGAGAAGAGGGGAUAGGUUGUCAAGUCUAAUUAAUAAAGUAUUAUUAUAAACUGAAAUAAAUGUCAUACUAAGAAAAAAUGACCAAGGCCUCCAGCCAACCAUACUGUUCUACCUUAGGGAUGGCCAGGGGGCGCCUUAGCCUUCAGUAACAAGUGCAUAUACUUGGAAAAUUUCGACCUAUGCCGCUGUCGCCCAGUGGCCGAAUGGCACAGGCACCUGCCGCUAUAGCAGAGGACGCUGUUUCGAUUCCAGCCUGGGGCACUGGAGGCCUUGGUCAUUUUUUCUUAGUAUAUGACAUUUAUUUCAGUUUAUAAUUUAUACAGUAGUGUUUCUAUUUAAAAUAAAAACAAAUUAAAGUAUUUUCUGUAAAUAAUUUAAUUUGUUCUAAUACUUCUAACAGUAAAGUAUUAUUAAUUAGACAACAUGUAUUAAUGUCCCAAAAAACUAGAUUGAGACCUGAAUAGUCCGGUGAAUAGCAAACGUCUUCUUGCAUUCACAUUUGUCACGAUUUUAGUGUUGUAGUAUUUUAUUCGUAUUACUUAAAAGGUGAGUUUAAAGAGUAUCAAUAAUUAUUAUAUUGCAAGAGGCCUUGUGGCAAUGACAUGCUAUGUUAAUGUCGGGUGCAAAUUCUAUAACCUCAUAUAAAGUUAUUUAAUUUUUAAUUUGAACUUUAUUCUAUAAGUAAAUUGGAACGAAUUUCGUUUGUUUUACAACGCAGUGAAACAAAAGAAAUGCUACUCUAUUUGUUUCAUCAAAAGGUUCAAAUUAGAUUGCAAUUAAUAUGUACAUUUUAAUGUACAUUUAGACUCGCGAGGAUAAAUAAAUAAAUUUCAUGUCUGUGUUCCAUUCGAAUACAUUUGUUGCAAAGUAACUUUAAAAACACUUAAGUUCAAUAAUAAAAUAGAGUAAUUGAAUUCUAAAUAUUUUCUCGAAAAUUUGACUUAAAAAUAUUGUGUGGUAUUUUUUCGGAAUCUUAGCUAUGCUUACCUCGCUUUUAAAUGGAUGUGAAAACAAUUAUUUACUAUAAGGAUAUAUUUAGUUGAUAAUAAUGAUAAUACCACGUGAUAAUAAAGGUUUAAUAUAAAAUUAGGCCGCUAGAUUUUGGCAGUGUUAGUACUUACGGGACGUUGCAAAAACUGUGGGUAUUCUGAUGGAUAAAAGGUUGAAGGCAGAGGCUAUUAUUAAAGCGGUUUUCACAUUCGAUGACAUGCUGCUCCGGUGUGCGAGCGGGACAUAGCAUACUUGCAUCGCGCUCACUCGCCGGAGCGUCGUCAUGAAUGUGAUUACCGCGUAAAGCCAAAUAUCAUGAGAUAAAUAUCAUAGACAUAGCCAAAUCUCAUAGAGAAAAAGUUUUGGGUACAACCGGGCCACGAAAAUGUUCUUGUUGAAGUUAAACCGCACACAUUAAAUAGUACUUUGUAUAGGAGUUUUAAUAAGAAAAUCAGCUUAGUUAAUUUGGAUGUAAAAACCUGAAACCUCAAUGUAACGUACUGAAAAGACUAUGAAACCGCACUUAAACUGAAAAUUGUGUCAUUUUCAACCAAAAGGGUACUUAUUGUCGCUUGUCAGUAAGGCGCUAUUUCAAUUAGAAAUCAACCUUAUCGACAAGCGACAAUGUGGUACCUUUUGGUUGAAAACGUCACAAUUUGUAUGAAUAACUCUUAAAUUCAAAAUUUAAAAAUCUCCGACACAAUUAUAACUCCGCCAUCUCUUCGUCUUUCGCGCGUUGUCCCUUUUCGCCACGGCGCAUGGGAGCCUGCAUGGGCUACGAUUUGGCAACUAAUCCCAAGAAUUGGAGUGGGCACUAGUGUUUACAAAAGCGGCUGCUAUCUGACCUUCCAACCCAGAGGGGAAACUAGGCCUUAUUGGGAUUAGUCCGGUUUUCUCACGAAAGCGAAUGGUAAAUAUCAAAUGAUAUAUCGUACAUAAGUUACAAAAACAUUGGUACGAUCCGGGGUUUGAACCCGCAACCUCCGGAUUGAAAACGAUCGUACGUGUAUCACACGUCAUAAAAAAAAAUCGCACUCAAUUCGGUUUGUCCGUUUGGGAGAUACCAUGCCACAUAUAGAUACUUGUGUCGGGAGUUAUAAAGGCAGGUAAAUGUAUAAGAAUCCCAAGAAUACCAGAUGUGAAGUUGGUUGAAAUUUAUCUACUUUGUCAUAUCAGAUAGAGUAGGUAGAUUCAGUUUUGUAUCUGUUCAAAUAUUCGAAUUUUCUAGAUUAUCUCCAAUAAAUAUAUUAGCUUUGCAUCUUAUCCUGAAAUAAACUUAUAUGUAAUAAUAGGUAGUUAAAUUAUAUUUUUAAAUAAUAUAUAAAUGUUAAUUGGGAUUAGUGGAUCCUUUCACCCCACUUGGUCCUUUAUCAUUCUGAUAAUAAGCUAAGAUAUUUCAUUAAACAUGCAUUAUGUUACCUUUCUGUAAUUUACCAAAGAAAAUCGAAAUACCCAAAAUAGUACACUCCACUAGAAGUAGCAUUAACAAUCAUAAGCCUCAUAAGGUGCUAAAACGAUCAUAGGUACGACUCCAUUUUGUUGGCCAACACCAAAGUAUUAUAAUAAACCUGGAUUUCUUUAAGUAUCAAUUGGGGUUGACCGGGUGAAGUAUUUUACAGAUGGCGCCAGCAUAGCUUGCCCUGUCAAUCCCCAGAAUUGUGUCAAAUUAUUUUUUUAUGCCCUGGAUGCCAGCCCUUUAAGCCAAAUCUCAUAGAACAAAACUAGAGACAGGGGAAAGCUGUGAUGGCGCCAUCUAUGCAAACAUUUGACUGUUGCCAACCCCAUUGUAGCGAAACUGUCAUGAAAUUAGUUAUGAAACCAUAGACAUAGUAUAGUAGUUAUAGACAUGAAACCGAGCGACCAGGGGUAAGAGAAAGACAUUCAUGUAUUGACAGGUUAAUGGUUAAUGUAUGGCAGCAUAAUCCUUUUUCUCUUUCACUCUUAUACAUUUCGGUAUUUCCCCACCGCCUCCUACCUAUGCUGCCAUAACCCGACCAUGAAAAAAAAACCCGGUCGGUGAUAAGGACAGAGCAUGGCACUAUUUUCUCUUUCCUCUUAUAGAAAUCGCAAUGCAUGAAACUAACGAAUUGUAACAAAAUUUAUACAUUUUCGCAAAGAAGCUGAUGCAGAUGUCGGAUAUAUUGGCAAAAUUAAGGCGCUCAUAAAUAUCAGAACACGAGAUGUGUUCUGGUAUAUUCUAUUGUCAAUGUCAAAGCAUAAAACUGUUUAUUACAAGAUUGAGCCCCUUGUGUAUAAAUAUAUAUAUUUUAUGACAUUCUGUAUUUCACCAAAAAUACUUUUAUGUAAUGUAUUCUGUAGGAUAGAAGAUAUAGCUUCCCGUAGCUUCGAUCAAUAAAACGAAUGUUUAGAGUGCUAGGGAAGUAGGGACAUAUAUGGACUGAGAUAUAACGAGCUAAUAACAAAGGUUGUUUCACGAACUAUGUAUUAAGCCGUUUGGCUUUUUGUUAUUAUUGAGUGAAUCAACUUUUUUUGUCUCCUGCGUCACUAUUUAAACCUAUAGAUUUAAAAGAUUUUUAUUCACAUACCAAAUAAAAAUUUUUGUGUUAAUUUUAGUCUGUUCUAUCACGAACUGUCAUAAUGUGUUUGAUAGACGUAUGUUACUAUUGUCUCCUGGGUAACGGGACAGAAUAGCAUCAAUAAAUGGUUGAUCACUCAAUUAGCCAAAAGUUAUUAAUAAUACAGUCGAUAACCCCUUGCAAAUACUAUUUGGAUGAAUAUUAUUCAUUGUUAUUUAUACUCUAAUGGCAUGCUCGCUUCUAAAGCAAACUUAAUUAUAUUAGAUUUUCUGUUAAGUAUUUUUUUUGUAUUAAUAUUGCAUGUUAGCAGUAAGCAAUAGCCUACCGACCAAAAAGAAUUAAAUCCGUAUUAAUUUUCAGUCAGUAUUAAAUAGAUACCAGUAUUUAUUCUUGAAUUCAUUUAAAUAUUUACAGACAGAUGUUUGUAUUCUUUAAACGCAUUGAUUUUAUUAUUACAAAUAAUAAAUUACUUAUAUUUUUAUUAUGUUUGUUAAUGUUUAGCCGCGCUCAUUGCAAUUCUUAUGUACUCAAGUAGCUGACGCAAUAUAUUAGUGUUCAUUAGCAUAGGUACGAAGAUUUAGCUUAAUGUUAGUGAUGCGAAAACCGAUGCUAGUCCGGAUAGGUCACACCUAGGCUAAAGGCGCCAAAGUUUAAUUAUGUCACAUCCCUGCUUGUCUUGUCACAGUACUAGUAUUGCAAGCAGUAACUAGACUUCCACCCUUUGACCGCCACAGUCGGUCAUAGCUGGCAAAGAACAGUAUAAAUUUAACCUUGAUACAUUGUUUAUAAAGUUUACUAUUACGUGUUUGUAUAUGUUUGCCAUCUUCGUGGUAUUUAAAAAAAAUGCUUGGAAUACUUUUACUGACAAUCAAAAUUAGAGUAUGAAGAUUCAUUAUAUUUUAUUUACAGUAAAGCUUAAUUCUACUUACAGCUAAUUGAUAUGUUUUAAUUAAAAAUUAUAAUAGUCAUAAUUAAUUUAACAAGUAAAAUUAUACUUAACUAAUUGUAAGCAUAUAACAAAGUUGUAUUUACUGUAAACAAGUAUUUUUAGAAAUUUCCAUUGAUUGUACAUUUUACCGAUUCAUUAAUCUGCGGAAUUCAAUUAUUUUACAUGAGAAAAGAGAAUACCAAUAUAAUGGAAAUAAUUUAUAUAAAUUGUAUAAUCUUCACCUAUACCCCGUUUUUUUAGCAUUAAAAAAAUGGUAAACAAUUCGGUUUCAUAAGUAAUAGUUACUUUUUUUUUACAUUUAUGGCCUGGAUGCGAGUCCUUUAAGCCAAAGAGUUACUAUUUUUUUAAAGCGUUUUUCAAUAACAAGAAGUUAAGAUUGUUUACCAUUUGUCUAAUGCUAAGAAAACAGGUUUAAAUGUCUUAAAAUUCCGUAUUAAUGCUUGUUUUAUAAUAGAGUUAUAUUGUUGCAAGAGUUGAAAAUCAGUGGUGUUCAUCAACCAGUUUCAAAUGUAUGACUUGAAUCAGUCUGUGCAUAAAUACUUUAAAAAAAAAACUAAUAAAUACUUCUUGCAAUGUUUGCCGAGCUUUCCUCAAAUUACAAAUGAUAUAAAUAUUAAAUUAACCUAAACUGCUUUUAAUAAAAUUUAAUAUUUCAAUAAUUUGUUGGCUUGAAUUUUUUUUAUUGAAUAUUCUAAUAAUUUGUAUACUCAAUGUCCAAGAAACAUUUUAUAAAACAUGUUUUCCAGUAUUUGAUCGCCAUUAUUAUUUUAUUUGAACGUAUAUUUUAAUGUUAAUAAAUUGAAUUAUUUUUUUGUCUUGAAAUAUUGGCUGAGCUUUGUAUUGAUUCUUACUCCUUUUACGUGCCAUAUGCAUGAAACACUUUAAUUUAAUUUGUUACCGCAAUGUAAAUAUUACAAUAUUUUUUAGUGAAGCUUUGCUCCGGCGAGUACAAACAAAGUGAUGAAUUUAGUAUCCACCAGAAAUUUUAUCUCAUAAUGUGAAAUGUAUUUUGAGCUAAUAAAUUAAACAUUUCA